AUGGAUAUUAACACGUUGCUUCAACCAGAUUGUUUCUCAGUAUUUGCAUUGGGUGCCUUUUUAGGACCUAGUAUAACUGAAGAGCAACGUAUUUUAUCUGGGAGGCAAGGUGAAAUUAUCUUCACCUAUUUUGGCAUAAUUCCGAGUGAUUUUGAUGUGCCUGAAUGUCGAUGUGGAAGACCAAUGUAUCGAGUUAAUGAUUCUAGUCGGAAACUCGGCUACAGGUUCAAAUGCGCGGGUGGCCAUAAAAUAAAUCCAACCAAAAAUACUUUUUUAGAGUAUGUACAUACUGCUGGAGAGUUGGGCUGCAAUAAAAUAGUGCAAAUGAUUUAUUUGAACUAUUUACGAGAACCUUUGUGUUGA